GGAGAGUGCGCGCUCCAGACGGAUUUAACACAGAGUGAAGCAUCACUGCAGCUCCACAGAAACCUGAAGCCGUUUUCUCUCAGAAGCUCCUCCAGCAGCCAGGAGACAAGUCCGAAUCAUGUGUGGAAUCUUUGCUUACCUGAACUACCGAGUUCCUCGCACCAGGAAGGAGAUAUUUGAGACGCUGGUGAAGGGGCUGCAGAGGCUGGAGUACAGAGGCUACGAUUCAGCAGGCGUUGCUGUGGACGGACCCAAGAAGACGAGCGAUGAUCUCAACAACUCCAUCUGCCUGAUCAAGAAGAAGGGGAAGGUCAAGGCUCUGGAUGAGGAGAUUUACCAGAAGGACUUGCUGGACCUGGACGAGGAGCUGUGCACUCACUUCGGCCUGGCUCACACCCGCUGGGCCACACACGGCGAACCGAGCGCUCUCAACAGUCAUCCCCAUCGCUCCGACAAGAAUAACGAGUUUGUCGUCAUCCACAACGGCAUCAUAACCAACUACAAAGAGCUGAAGAAGUACCUGGCCACCAAAGGAUACGAGUUUGAGUCAGACACGGACACAGAAGUGAUCCCAAAACUGAUCAAAUACGUUUAUGACAAUCGAGAAGAUGACGGUGUCACCUUCUCCACGCUGGUGGAAAGGGUCAUCAAACAACUGGAGGGGGCCUUCGCGCUGGUCUUUAAAAGCCGUCACUACCCCGGAGAGGCCGUGUCUACCAGGAGAGGAAGUCCGCUGCUCAUUGGCGUGCGAAGCGAGCACGAGCUGCCCACUGAGCACAUCCCCGUCCAGUACAACAAUGGUCACUUCAAGGAGGAGGUGCAGGAGAAGAACAGCCACAACAAGGCCGACUGCUCCAACGCCAUCAGCUCUGUCGGGGACGGCAGCGCCGUGGAGUACUACUUCGCAUCGGACGCGAGCGCCAUCAUUGAGCACACCAACAAAGUGCUGUACCUGGAGGACAAUGAUGUCGCAGUCGUGAAGGGAGGACACCUCUCCAUCCACAGGAUGAACCGGCAGGCCGGUGAAGACCCAGUGAGGGCAGUUCAGACCCUGCAGAUGGAGCUGCAGCAGAUCAUGAAAGGAAACUUUGAAGCCUUCAUGCAGAAGGAGAUCUUUGAGCAGCCAGAGUCGGUGGUGAACACGAUGAGAGGCCGCAUUUGUUUUGACACCAACACAGUGGUUCUUGGAGGACUGAAGGAUCACCUGAAGGAGAUCAAACGCUGCAGGCGGCUUAUCAUGAUCGGUUGUGGCACCAGCUUCCACGCUGCAGUCGCCACCAGACAGCUCCUUGAAGAGCUGACCGAACUUCCUGUCAUGGUAGAGCUGGCGAGUGACUUCCUGGAUCGCAACACACCUGUUUUCAGAGACGAUGUGUGCUUCUUCAUCAGCCAGUCAGGAGAAACAGCAGACACUCUGAUGGCUCUGCGCUACUGCAAAGACCGAGGCGCUCUAACCGUCGGUAUAACCAACACCGUGGGCAGCUCCAUUUGCAGGGAAACUGACUGUGGAGUCCACAUCAAUGCUGGACCAGAGAUAGGAGUGGCUAGCACCAAGGCCUACACCAGUCAGUUUGUGGCUCUCACCAUGUUUGGCCUGAUGAUGAGUGAGGACAGACUCUCCCUGCAGAAGAGAAGACUGGAGAUCAUCAACGGUCUCAAGGUGCUGCCUGAGCUGAUAAAAAAUGUGUUGUCCCUGGAUGAGAAGAUCAAGACCAUUGCUAAUGAACUGUAUCAACAAAGAUCCCUUUUGGUUAUGGGCCGAGGUUACAACUACGCCACUUGCCUUGAGGGAGCCCUGAAAAUUAAGGAGAUCACCUACAUGCACUCGGAGGGCAUCCUGGCUGGAGAACUGAAGCACGGUCCUUUGGCCCUCAUCGACAAACACAUGCCUGUCAUCAUGGUCAUCAUGCGUGACUCCUGCUACACCAAGUGUCAGAACGCCCUGCAGCAAGUCACUGCCAGAUCGGGUCGACCCAUCAUCCUGUGUUGCCAGGAAGAUUCUGAGAUGAUAAAGAACGCCUACCAGACCAUUGAGCUGCCGCAGACUGUGGACUGCCUGCAGGGCAUCCUCAGCGUCAUCCCGCUGCAGCUGCUCUCAUUCCACCUGGCUGUCCUGCGAGGAUUCGAUGUCGACUGUCCCAGAAACUUGGCCAAGUCUGUGACGGUAGAAUAAUUCCAGUUUGCAAAGCCCCGGGAGAAGAGCGAGGUAGCUUAACCAGAUUUACGGAGCAACUGUGCAAUCAAACAUCCUGUGCAUUUGUGAGUGUGUGGUGGAAUUGGAGUAAUGUACAGAGGUGUGCGCGUGUGUGUGUGCAUGUGUGUGUGUGUGGAUGAGACCUCAAGAAAAUGACAGAGGAAAAACAAUUAACUUGAAAAUAAAUAUAUGAGAAAUGUGAAAUCUGACCAAAGCCUUGUGAAAAAGUUUAUAAAAACCAUCCAUGCAGCCAAAACAACCUGCUGUGCCUUGUUCUAGUUGAGCCAAAAAACAUACGUAGAAGAAAAUUAUUGAAAUAUUUUAUUGAAGUGUUUACGACUGUGCAAUAAGGACACUAAACUUGGAUUAUGAAUGUAUGUCACAGGGUCAAAAAUUCUUCUUUUACUUUAUGAAUUCA